AUGAAACUAUUGUAUAAUAAAUUACUGUAGAUUGGGGAAUAGUUGAUAGUGCUGAUAUUGGAACAGAUGACUCUGUUAAUUCAUAGUCGGUUCUAUCAGAAUUAGCAAGUAGAUUAGAAUCUUUUAAUCCUCCUCCUGAAAUUGGUACAGUUUUAGAAUAAUCAACUACUAUCACUGCUAUAAGCAAAUUAAAUUUCCCAAGUACUGAAGCUACAUCAGGUAUUUUAUUAAUUAUUAUUUUAUUAGUUACUCCUACAUCUCCAAGUGAUGGUACCAACACAAACAAUGGUAGCAAUAAUAAUAAUGGAAAUAGUGGCAAUAAUAAUGGUAAUAAUGGUAACUCUGGAUAGACAGGUGGAAAUAAUAAUAAUAAUAAUAAUAAUUAAUCUGAUGAUUCAGAAAUUAUAUUGACUACUGAUGAAGGUGUUAAUUAAUAAGAAGUUAGUGAUAAUACCAAUAAUAGUACAGCACCAGGAUCUAUUUAAAAAUCUAUCAAAAAGAGUGAAUCUUCAUCAUCCACUGUGGUCAUAGUUGUUUCAGUGAUAUGUUCUGUAAUAGGUGUUUCAAUCCUUAUCUCAGGAUUGUUAUAUUAUAAGAAGGUUAAAUUAGCUAAACUAAUGGCUGCUAGAGCUCAAAAGGUGGAUAAUGAAUUCUUCAAAGUAAACAUCACUGAAUAAUAACUACAACACUAAUAACAUAAUGAGUGA